AUGCUCGGCCAUAGCUAUGUAGAUGUGCUCACGUUACUUCACAAUGAACUCAAUCAAACGGAAACCGAGGAGAAUUGGAAGAAACGCCAAGAUCUCCUCGCCAAGCUCUCCGACAUCCUGGAGAAACGAAAAGAAGACAGUACUCUCCCAAGAGACUUUGUCGAAAAGUCCAAAACCGUUUUACCAGCAAUCGUCAAGGCCACGGCUUCAGAGAGAACCACUCUGUCUGGACAAGCAUGCCGUACCGCCAAAAUUGUCAUCGAAAAUCUGAAAACAGAGGUUCAACCUCAACUCGACAUUAUCAUGUCCGAGCUUAUCACUCUCUGUGGCUCCACCAAAGGUGUCAACCAGAAGAAUGCAAAUGAAGCAAUCCUCGCCAUUUGCAAACAUGCUGGGUACAAUCACCGCCUCUUCUACCAUGUCUGUGCUGCGUCUAGGGACAAACGUAUCCCCCCUCGCACGUAUGCACCUGAGUGGCUUUGUCUUCUCAUCAAAACCUAUCGUGGUCAGAUGGAUGACAACAAGGACGGCGAUGCCGCCAGAAAGGCCAUUUAUGAAGGUCUCACGGAUGGUCAAGUCAAAGUCAGAGAGAAUUCACGUGCAACAUUCUGGGAGUACCACAAAUACGAUGCCCAGGGAGCUCGUAUGAUCAUGGGUGGUCUCAACACUUUCGCCGCAAAUGCGUUGCGUGAUGAUCCAAACAACCCUGACAAACCCCAAAAGCCUACCAAGGCCCCAAGCAGACCAGGAUCUGCCCUUGCUCAAAUCAGAGCACAAAGCAAGCAACGUAUACAUCAGCAGCAGCAACAUCGUGGCUUUACACCUGCUUCAGUCAAACCAGACGACUUUUUCUUUGGAUCUCUUGAAGACGUCAACCCAGAGCCGCAAAAGACGUCCAAGAAACCGGCUGCAGAUCCAACAAGAGAAAAGCACGAGAAGUCCCAGUCCAGUCAUUAUAGCGAGGCUUCCGCCUAUUCACGUCAUGGAGUAUCAACCCAAUCUCGUCCCACUCACCAAAAGGUACCUUCCAGAGACAACAAAGUUGACUCCAAAGAUACCAAAUCUGAAAGUUCACAAGUUGACGCUCGACCACUUCUAUCUGCUCCAGUCCGCAGAGGUCGUAUCGUUGCCACACCCAUGGCACCCACCACCAGCCACCGUCCUGGCUCGCGAGGUGAACCCACCAAGAAGCCGACAGAAACCAAAGAUAAGAUCUCUGGCCGCCAAACACCAGUCCUUAAUACCGAAAAGGACGCUCCUUCCUCUGUACCUAGCCAUCACCGCAAGACAGCGAGUAGGCAGGAAGCGAUCAUAGCUCAAGAGAAAGGUACAACUGUUCAAACCCAGAACAGGAAGAAUGGAAGACAGACACCAGCCAGUGCUGAAGACGAGCCCCAGGUUCCUCCAUCAGCACAGAGCAGCAAGAAGAGUGGACGUCAGACUCCAGUCAUUUUGGAAGACAGGUCAGCUUCUGCUCCGACGACAUCCAAGACGGCAAAGGAAUCAGACCUGACUUCAGAAUAUGUCGCACCCACCCAGUCGCUCCCUCUCCGCCCUGUGCGGCCGACUGCACAAGAGCAACAGAACGUUUCAUCUGCUGAACGCCCAGUCGACAAGACCCGUCAACAAGUUGCUGAGGGCAAAGAGCACACCAGUACUGCAGGUCAACACGUUGCUGUGGGCAAAGAGAACACCAACGUCAUGAGGCCGCGUAAGAAGAAAUCACCAGCGCGAUCACCUCAACACUCUCCCGAUCGAUCAGAGCAACGAUCACCCCGCCGUCGAACUAGUAUUUCGUCUGCCAAGAGGACACUUGGAAUAACAAUCGAGUCCCUCCGACAUGGUACACUUGACGCACUGGGUUUUCGCAGGCUUAGAAAGCUAAUUGAAAGUCAUCCACAUGUUCUCAUCACUCGUCAAGUACAAUUUGAUGAGCUUUUCGAGUUACUCAUAAAAAAUCUGGGCUCUUUUGAUGAGAUCACCGAAUCUCGAGACAAAAGACAAAAUCUCAACCACCCUGCCUACAACCGACACACCAUGCUGGUCGCUUUGAUCGAUCUCUUCCAGCAGUAUCCACAGUGGCCUGAACCACAACCGGGUAUGACUCUCUGUGCCCUUCUCAUCGCCAGAUGUAAUCAUAGCUCAGGCUACGUUGCAGUCUUGCAGGCGAUUGACGAUUCCGCGUACCUCCUCUGUACGCACUCCCAGAACCCCUUACCAACUAUUGACGCAGUCCUAGACACUCUGGAACAAAUCGAAUACAUUAUUACCACCAAUGACCCUAUUGUUACACCUAAAUCUACCACCACUGUGUUCCACAACAGCCUUCAGAGCUUUGUCUCUGAUUUUGGGCCAGAACGACCUAAGUUUGCAACCCGACUACCUAUUGUUAUGUCCUUUGGACUGAAAGUCCUCAACGCUCUCCUACAACGCCUCAGCGUCUGUGGUCAGAGCCUCUACACAAUUCAAGAGGACCGCCUGGCUUCAUAUGCUGAGCAUCUCCUUGGAGCGUACACGUCCCUCAUCAAAAGACAAGUGAUGGAAUACUGCACUGCACUGCAUGCGGUUAUCAAGCCAGAAAAAAGAUUUUACAACUACUUCAGCAAGGAGUCGGACAAGAACCUCAUCCACUACUACGUGGCUGGCGCGUCAGGUGGUCUCUAUGGCUCCUUAGGAAACACAGGUCGAGUUGUCAUGCCUGACACAGGCGUCGACUACAUGGAACCAGAACCUUCCACCUUCGAUCCAGGUUCGGAGGUUUCUGCCAAUUGGAAAAUGGUUGGAAGUGACAGCAAGCACAGUGAUGUCACACCGGGAUUUGAGCACUCGACCUCCAGUGCUCUCGACUCCAUGGGCAGUGAGGUGGUCGCCUCGGAGGGCUCAAGCAAUUGGCAAGUUCUCGGCACCACAGCAGAUGUCUAG